AUGGCGACAGGAAAAAGCGGUUCUGUUCGCUAUGGAGGAGUGCAGAAGUCCCACAAUUGUGAUGACAGAGAUGCUACAGACAACAAUGGAUAUAUGAAGUCCACCGUUUCGCCGAUUGAAUACAGCUAUUACAAUCCGUACUUACCGUGGUUAGGAUUGAAGCCAAACAAUUUCACUCAAACACAAAGUGCAGCAUUGUUUGCAACUUCCGUAGCCUGCAUCAGUUGCGGUGUGUACUUCUUCCAGAACAGUGUUAUGAAUUUCUUUCAUCUUAUGUGUGGAUUGUUUGCCCCAAUGUUUAGUAUUGUAUGCGCCUUUUAUUGGCUUUCGUUCUACUUUCGCAAAGCAUGGACUAGUACAAGUGUAUAUUUACUGUUCCUCGGUUGCAAUAUUGGAGAAAUUGUGGGCCAACUUUUGUUUGGCACAGAUGCUGAUGACAGUGUUUUGAGUACAUGGCUAGUUGCAACUGUUCUCGUCUUUGCAUGCUUAGCUAGUACAACCUCUAGCCUAAAAAACACAUCUAGUGUGUUUGUAUUAUUCUUUUUAAGCAUAAUGCGAUUUUUGAGUAUUUCAACCCUGGGAUCUCUACCACAAUGGUUCCGGCCUUUCAUUGCAUACUUGUGUGGAAUUUUAGGUUGCAUUCUUGCAAAGUACAUGGAAACACGAAUGAGACAAAAUAUUUCAGUACAGUUUGCUCAUGAUGAAAAAAUUCCUGUUAUCUGUCGCCGCAGAACAUCGAGUCAGUCAAGUACGGCAUCUAUACACAGUCAGAGGACCAGGAGAACAUCUCUUCCUGCCCUUAUCCCCAAGAGUCAGGUUUCUAAUUCAGUUGUAGAUGUUGCGGUGAUGCAGGAAGCUCAUGGGCUUAUCAUGGACAUGUUGGCGGACACUACCCUCCCUGCUAACGUGAUCGGUGGACUAAGAGCAGUUGGAACACUUAUUAGCCCUCCUACCAGCUAUAGCACUCUACAAAGGCCAAAGAUUAGCCCUCUGGUAGCGCUUACACAGAGUAGUUAUACUACUGAUAUGGACGACUCGCCUUAUGUCGGUGACAAACCUGUCACGCUACCUAAGCGGCUUCGAAGGAGCUUACCCCCAAGUCUAAUCCGACGCAUGUCUACAACAUGGACAACUACUACCUCAGCCACAGGUAUGCCCACAUUAGAGCCACAGCCGUUGCGAACCAGAAGUUCCAGUUUCCGACAAUCACGCGACGUAUCUCCAACUCGUAGUCCAACAAGUAUACAACCUAGCACAGCUCUAGCCCAGUCUGCUACGAUUAACACUAGCGUAGGAAAAUUGCGCUCAUAUUCUCUUGGCACCUCACCAGGUCAUCUACAAAUUUCUAGAUCUGAAAAGACGCAUCCUUCUUCAUCUCUCAAAAGUUCCGAAGCACAAGAGGAUGAGUGUGAUCUUGUUGAGGAAAACACCUCACCAGUCACAAGUACAAAUACUGUACACAAAGAAAGUGAUGGUAGUACUACAGAUGAAAAGUCAGAACCUCAUUGGCAAAGUGAUGCAAGCCAGUCGCAGUCACUUAAAGAUGAGACUAAUAAUAAUAAAAAAGAGGCUGUGGAGGAUGAAGAUGUGUUUUUAUCACCCAUUAAACCAGAAUGUAGGGAGCUUAUAAACAAUGUAGAUGAAUGGGAUUAUCCUAUAUUUGAGCUUGCAGAGAAAGCAAACGGUGAAAUCAUAAUCGGGUACAUGCAGCUGACGUAUUGCACGCUGUAUACUACUUGUCCAGCCAACAGAUUCCUGGAUUCACCCAAGUGAACCUAGACGAGGACCGGGAUGGAUCAGAAGAUAGUAACAAUGAUCUAGAUGAGGUGAACAUUGCUGCGCAUCAUACGCCGACUGUCACUCCGAGAGCGAGUUUCACGACUGAUGUAAGUUAUGGGAUCUUAGCGUUAAAUCUACCAGCUCUGGAGCUUAUGGCAUUGUAUACAGCUGCAGCAAUGCAUGACUAUGAUCAUCCGGGAAGAACUAAUGCCUUCUUGGUGGCCACUAGUGCACCUGAGGCAAUUCUUUACAAUGAUCGCUCGGUACUUGAAAGUCACCAUGCGGCUGCCUCUUGGAAACUUCUCCUUUCAAAUUCCAACUACAACUUUUUAUCGUCAUUAGACCCAGCAGAAUUUAAGCGUUUCCGUUACCUGGUCGUUGAGUACAUCCUAGCCACCGAUCUUAAAAGACACUUUGAUUUCUUAGUGGAAUUUAAUGCCAAGGUAAAUGAUAUAGACGCACCGGGAAUCAACUGGGCCUCCGAGAAUGACCGGAUGCUUGCUUGCCAGAUGUGCAUCAAGCUAGCUGACAUUUGUGGUCCAACAAAAACCAAAGAACUUCACACUAACUGGACGGACCGCAUUACUGAAGAAUUUUACGAUCAGGGUGAUGAUGAGAGAAAAAUGGGGUUGCCGGUCUCACCCUACAUGGACAGACACAACGCUCAGCUUGCAAAAUUACAGGAAGGGUUCAUAAAUCACUUAGUGGCCCCAUUAUGUAAUUCCUAUGGGUCGGCAGGACUGCUUCCUGGUGUCUGGGUAGACGAGUCUAGUGACAGUGAAGAUGAUGAUGACAAAACUACAAAGUCAAGUGAUGACGCAUUUCGGAUGCCAAAAGUGAAAGAAGAAGAGGAGGAUGAAGAUGAAAUUGAAGAAGAAGAUACCUCAAGUGAUGGUGCUACUAGAGAUGCCAAUUUCAGAGUAAGAGGAGGAAAUAAAACGAGGAAGAUGACGAGCAUUCUAACAAAGCACUUAAAGGAGAAUCAUGAGAUGUGGCUAAAAGUACUAAAGGAAGAAGAAGAACAACAAAAACGAAAAGAAAAACAAGAACUCAGGGAAAAGGAAGAAUACAACAAGAUGGCUUCCAUCCAGGAGGAGAAAUCAGGUGGAGAUGAAAGCACUGACAAUAAGGAGAGUUGCAAGGAAAAAGAAACAGCACCCUCUACAGGUGAUUGUGAAAAAACAUGAGACUAAGUAUUAGGUAAUUGUAUAUAUGGGAUGUGGAUAAGUGUAAGUCUGAAACAAAGAAGGUCUUAUUGCUCCUGAAAUAGAAAAUAGUUUGUAUUAAAUUGCAAAUAUUAUAUAAUCAUAUGUAGUUUAGCUUGUAAAUUAUUAUGGAUUUGCCAAGAAGAUUUUACAGUUAGGUUUAUGCCGAAAUAAAGAUUGAAUAUAUAACAGGCUUAAAAAUUCCAAGAUAAUUUGUAAUUGUUAAAAAAAUAACCUAAAGAAUAUUUAAUUAUAGUAUGUGCCCUAGAAAAAUAUAAUAUAUACAGGGCCUGUUUUUUUUUAUUGUCAUUAUAUUUAU